UAGCAGUUAGCUUGACUCGUUAGCUGCAGGUGAACGAUGGCUUCUCUCCUGAAUCGUCGGCUCCAGUUUUCUUGUCUCCAUCGUUUCCUCCGGAGUUUUAACUUUAACUGUGGAACCGUCACCAGAUGUGCGUCUCUGGACAGUGCUCUCUCUGCGUUCAGGUCUAUAUGUGGUGAAGAUGGCGUCUCACUGGGUGAAGCUGUCAGAGAGCAACAUGGAAAAGAUGAGUCUUUGCACAGGUGUUGUCCUCCAGAUGUGGUGCUGUUUCCUGGUUGUGUGGAGGAGGUCAGUGCUCUGGCUCAAGUCUGCCACCGUCAUCGCCUGCCCGUCAUCCCCUUCGGCACCGGGACGGGUCUGGAGGGAGGCGUCAGUGCAGUGAAGGGCGGCGUGUGCUUCAGUCUGAGGAACAUGGACCAGGUUCUGGACCUCCACCAGGAGGACUUUGACGUGACGGUGGAGCCGGGUGUGACUCGGAAGGCUCUGAACUCCUACCUGAGAGACACCGGCCUGUGGUUUCCUGUCGAUCCUGGCGCUGACGCGUCUCUGUGUGGAAUGGCAGCCACCAGUGCAUCGGGGACGAACGCAGUGCGCUACGGGACCAUGAGGGAAAACGUUCUGAACCUGGAGGUGGUGCUCGCCGAUGGCACCGUCGUACACACAGCCGGGAAGGGCCGACGCCCCAGGAAGACGUCAGCCGGCUACAACCUGACCAACCUGUUUGUGGGCUCAGAGGGAACCCUGGGCAUCAUCACCAAGACCACGCUGCGGCUGUACGGCGUCCCAGAGGCCAUGGUGUCGGCCGUCUGCUCGUUUCCCUCCAUCCAGGAUGCCGUGGACAGCACCGUGCAGGUCCUACAGGCUGGAGUGCCCAUCGCUCGCAUUGAGUUUCUGGAUGACGUGAUGAUCGACGCGUGCAACAGGUUCAGUCGUCUCUCGUACCCUGUGAUGCCAACACUGUUCCUGGAGUUCCACGGUUCUGAGCAAAGCCUGAAGGAGCAAGUCAACACAACUGAGGAAAUCACUCAGAGUAACAGAGGCUCAGAUUUCCAGUGGGCCCAAGAUGCAGAAACGAGGGAGCGUCUGUGGAAAGCCCGUCAUGACGCCUGGUACGCUGCUCUGGCUCUCAGGCCCGGCUGCAAGGCCUACUCAACCGAUGUGUGUGUCCCUCUUUCUCGACUGCCCCAAAUCCUGGUGGAGACGAAAGAGGACCUGAUUGAAAACAGACUGACAGGUCCCAUAGCGGGACACGUAGGAGACGGUAACUUCCACUGCCUGGUGGUGGUCGACCCCAGCGACCCCGAGGAGCUGCACCGGGUCCAUCUGUUCACUGAGAGACUCGCCAGGCGAGCUCUGGCCAUGGACGGUACAUGUACAGGGGAGCACGGAGUGGGUUUGGGGAAGAGAGCGCUGCUGCGUGAGGAGAUGGGACCCACGGCCAUCCAGGUCAUGCAGGGUCUCAAAGACGUCCUCGACCCAGAUAACGUGAUGAAUCCUGGGAAAGUUCUUCAGCCCCGAGAAUUUUGAACUGAGUUGUAGUCAGUGUACAUGGAGAAUCUUCUGAUCUGCUCUCCGUGCAUGGCUUAAAGACUGAUGACGCAAGGAAGCUGCUUAUUUCCAACAAUCAAAUGAUAAACUACAGGAUUCAGUUCCAGAAAAGAUUGUAACUUCAAAACAAUGAGAUUUAAAUCCAUUAUAUUAUCUGUGUGAUAUUAUUCAUAUUUCUUUUGUGAUGGGAGUUUUCAAUUAUGAAACUCCCUGUAAAGGUCGAAGGUCAAUGUCUGCUAACACCUGUGACGCUGAUAAGGAUUCAGGGUCUGAGGCGCGGCUGCCACGUCACAAUGUGGCCUGCUUCACUACAGCAUGAAGUAUGUGUUUAUAUACAAGUACAAUUAUACAAAAAAUAGUUUUAAACUACUUGUUUAUUCUACAUGGAUGAAUCUGUGAAUUAUGAGUCAACAACUCUGGACAGAUUUAUACGUUAAAUAUGUGGAACUGGUCGGAAUCAGCACACAAAUAAUCUAUUAACACCAUGUGGAAUUGUUAUAAUUGGAGAAUACACACAUUUCAUUGUGUAACACACAUACACACAAAGACACACUCACAUGACAGGAGACAAGAGGAGACAGAGAACAAGGUUAAAGUUUCCCAGAAUCAAACCAGGCACAAUGUGCUGAAGCUGUUCAGUCACCACAGGGCUCCAAGUGUUUUAUUAUUAUAAUCAUGUUCAUUUCAACAAUCAUAUUUAAUAAAAUAACUGAUUCUUU